AUGAAACAUCUAUGCGGUCGGUUGAAACCAGGAACUGUGCUGUAUCAUAAACUCAGUACUAAUCCACGAUUCAAAUAUUUUGUUUUGCCCAUCGAAGUUGAUACUAGGAGAGAGGCCAGAUUUGAGCUAGCGGCGUUCAAGAAGAAACGCGACUGUGCUCUGGUUAUCGACGGGGAUUCACUAAAGCUUUGUAUGGAAAACUUUGAGAGUGAGUUUAUCAUCGCAGCGGUCAAAGCACCCUCUGUGGUGUGCUGCCGGUGUUCACCUACGCAGAAGGCCGACAUCACACGAUUAGUACGUCACUACACCGGG